AUGAUCGCUCAAACUUCUACAAAUAUAAAUAAUGCUAACGAAGUGGAAAGGUCUGAACAUGUUUCAGCCAUCCUACGCGGAUCUAAAAAUACACAAAAUAUUAAAGACGAUUCGACUUUACCAUUAAGCAAGAUGAGAUUAUUCUCUGUGUUAUUGAGGCUAAAUCAAUGGCAAUUGAAUAUGGUUUUUGCCAAAAUUUGGCUCAGAUAUAGUGUGCUUGUGAG